AUGGCCGCAUAUUACAAUUCUAAUGUAAAUCCUUCGUCACAUUCUGGUGUACCAACCUCAGGCAGACAAUGGUCAAUAUUAAGUCCAUGCAACGGUACACGGGAAAUUUCAACUCCAUGUGCCACUGCAUGGAAUAGUUCAGCAAUUUACAUCAGUGGUACGUCGGUUAGUUACAAUAGUCGUAACUAUGAAUGUAACUAUUAUUCACUAGCUUCCAAUCCAGCUCUUGGAUAUGUUAUUAGCGGUAACACUUCAAAACCCUGGCGAUAUACUGGACCAUGUUAUUAG